AUGGAGGAACUGGCUUCGAAGUGUGAGUUAUGGUUAGAAUCUAUGGCAUUCUUGAGCCAUAUAGUAUCCGGUGAAGGUAAAUCUAACGUUGUUGUUGAUGCUCUUAGCAUAUUUUCCAUGGGAAGUACUACUCAUGUUGAGGAAGGAAGGAAAGUGUUGGCUAAGAAAGUGCAUAGGCUUGUAUGUUUGGAAGUUCGCCUUGUGGACUCAAGUGAAAAGUGUGCAUAUGGAGUGAUUUUUCUGAAAGGUUACACAUCAUGGACAAUUGACUACUCUGUUGCUAACUUGGCUCGAACGAUCCUUCGCAAUCAACGAAGGAUUCACCCUGUUUCGGUUCUUGCAAAGGGAUUCUAUGGCAUUGAUUGA